AUGCGGGCGGCGCCGCAAACCACUGCAUCGGCGUUGGUGGGAGGCGGUUCUGGGGUAAAGCGAAAGCGAUGGCCGCUGCCGCCGCCACAGACAGACGCUGAGGAUGUGAAUGCGGCUGCAGAUUCGUGUGAGCCGGUGUGCGCCUUUCGGCUGCCUGGCGGGAAGUUGUUGCGGUGGCUUUUGUGCCCGCCUUGCCAGUUGCAGGACGGGUGUCCUCCUCGCCGUGUUGAUGGCGCAGGCGUAGCUGCUGCAGGAAGUUUGUUUGCCGCGCCGCUCACGUACGCCGUGAUACCAGGCUUCUUCCGGCACGCGUCAUCAGCACCCGGGCAGAAUGCGGGUCCGCCACGGACAGCGCGUGAGCUGGUGUGUAAGGCACCAUUGCGGCAGGCGCUGGGGAAGGCUCUCGACGGGGCCCGGCGCGCCUUGGGUGCGGUGGACGAGAUUCCGACGGACUCGCUGCUAAUUGCGGCCUUUGCGACCGGCACAAAAACAACACAGACUGCGGUACGCCGCCGCAGUACCCACCGCUCCUCCUCUGUGCGCGUCAGCAAUGCGUCGCGUCCGUGGUGCGAAGUGGUCGGACUGUGUGUGGCUGGCGAGCUGGGUAGGGCGUACCGUAUGCACUGCGAGCCGAGUGUUGGCGGGGGCGCGUCUCACCGAUCUCGCGAGCGUGCGGCGGGGCGCUGGGAACUGAGGGCGGCGGAGGUGGGCGACGCCUGGUGCGUGGGGUCCUCAUUCUGCGGGGUGCAUUUUUUUUGGGUGGCGGAGCCGCACCGCCGCCGUGGCGUCGGCAGAGCGAUGGUUGAAUUGGCCCGCCAGCGUGUUUCGUACGGCUUUGAGGUCCCCUCUGAGCAUGUUGCGUUCUCCGAGCCGACGGCGCUUGGAAAGCUGUUUGCGAGGCGCUACACGGGACGAGAGGACUUCCUCGUUUUUUGA